AUGUCUAUGAUUCGAAGAACCCGUCUUAUCGUGGAUUGGCACAACUUUGGGUAUUCAAUCUUGGCCAUGAAGCUGGGUGCGAACCAUCCCAUGGUCACCUUCUCCAAGUUAUAUGAAAAGUACUUUGCCAGCUUCGCUACUGCCAAUUUUGCAGUCACAGAUGCUAUGGCACAAGUCCUUAGAUCAGAUUUCAUCAAGGAUAGCCCUGUCCUGACUUUGCAUGAUCGACCCGCAGACCUCUAUCGGCCAUUGAGCAAUUCGGAUCGUAUACAAUUCCUUCAGAGGUAUCGGCUUCUUUCUCCGCACUUCAAUGAGAUAAUCGAUCAGAAGGCUCGACUACUGGUUUCUUCGACGUCUUGGACAGCUGAUGAGGAUUUCGGACUCUUGCUGAGAGCCCUCUGCAGCUAUUCCGCUAGCGCGACCUCAUCUCACCCGCAUCUGCCAGAGUUGAUUGUCAUCAUCACAGGCAAAGGACCUCAAAAACAGCAUUAUCUGGAUGAGAUCCAGCGAUUGCAGGCAAGCGACGCAUUAGAAAUGGUUACCAUUUACACCGAUUUCUUACCUUUUGAAGACUAUGCACUUCUCCUGGGAUCUGCUGACCUGGGAAUCUCAUUGCACACCAGCAGCAGUGGAGUGGAUCUGCCGAUGAAGGUUGUCGAUAUGUUUGGAGCUGGCCUCCCUGUUGCAGGCUGGAGUAGAUUCACAGCAUGGCCGGAGCUGGUUAAAGAGGGUGUCAAUGGUAAAGGAUUUGGGAGUCCUGAAGAAUUGGCCGAUGUGCUUCGAGAGCUCUUCGAUCCUGCCUCAGAGCAGCUCUCGCAAUUGAAGAAGGGCGCUGAGUUGGAAAGUAAACGCCGAUGGGCAUCGGAGUGGGAUCCUGUGGCUGGAAGAUUGCUGGGCCUGGUUCAGUGA